CGACCCGGCCGAAAUAGAAGCUCUAUUAAGAUCUUUCUACAGUUUAAUCGCGGAUUGAAAGAAAAUGAGCGAUUACUCGGUGAAACGUGUCAGCGAUAUUUAAACUUAUCUGCCAUCGAACUCGAAAGAUAGAUCUCGCUUUUGUUUAUCGUCUAAUAAUCAUAUUAACGAUACGAUAAUUAGGCGAUUAAUCAAAUGGAUAAACCACAAUUUGUAUUCGAGGAUAAGUGGCCAUGUAUGCGACCGAUCAUAUUGAAACUACUUAAGCAAGAGCCAGUGACACAAACUGAAUGGCAAGAUUUAUUUUACUCAGUCCAAGUAUGCCUUUGGGACGACAAAGGGCCUCCCAAAUUACGGGAUGCCCUGAGAGAAGAUAUAAUGGAUUUUAUAAGACAAGCUCAACAGAGAGUUUUAGCGCACCAAGAAGACCAAGCAUUGUUGAAAGCAUACAUAGCAGAAUGGAGAAAAUUUUUUACACAAUGUAACUAUUUACCAACGCCAUUUAGGCAAUUAGAAACAUCUCUUGUGGGAAAGACUUGCUCGAGUAUACAAAAGAGAAAUCAGCCAGAUGACAUUGUUAGGAAGUUGAUGUUGGAUAGUUGGAACCAAAGCAUAUUCAAUGAAAUAAAACAAAGACUUCAGGAUUCUGCCAUGAAAUUGGUACAUGCUGAAAGAAACGGUGAAGCAUUUGAUUCACAACUUGUUAUUGGCGUUAGGGAAUCUUAUGUAAACUUGUGUUCAAAUACAAACGACAAGCUUCAGAUAUACAGGGAAAAUUUUGAGGCAGCAUAUAUAGAGGCUAGCGAGACGUUUUAUUGGGUGAAAGCACCGGAAUACUUGUCUGCACAUGGUGUGGAAAACUAUAUGCGUUACGCUGAUUCCAAGUUGAGGGAGGAAGAGCUACGUGCUCAAAAAUACUUGGAACCAAAUAGCGCGAGUAUACAACGACUGACUGACUGUUGCGUGAGAGUAUUAGUCGAUACCUUUAUAUCAGCCAUACUUGCGGAGUGUCCACGGAUGAUUCAACAUCAUCAAACAGAUAAGCUCCGACUUAUGCUAAAAUUAAUGGACAGAGUGUCCGAUGGUGUCGGUCCUAUGUUGAAAAAUUUGGAGGACCACAUCGCAAGCGCGGGUUUAGCAGACAUGAUGGCAGCUGUAGAUAUUAUUACCCAAGACUCAGAGAAAUAUGUGGAAAGACUGUUAGAUCUCUUCCGUAAAUUUUCCACGCUCGUUAAAGAGGCGUUCGAUGAUGACCCACGAUUUCUUACAGCACGAGAUAAAGCUUAUAAGCUCGUUGUUAAUGACGCGACGGUAUUUAAAUUAGAAUUGCCUUGUCGACAGAGUUCUGGACUCAGUGGUUCAACAGUUUUAAAUAGUAAACCUCCCGUUAACAAUACCGGACAGCCAGAGUCGAAGUGUCCGGAACUCCUCGCCAAUUACUGUGAUAUGCUCCUUAGGAAAACACCCCUCAGUAAGAAACUGACUUCCGACGAGAUCGAGAGUAGAUUAAAGGACGUGCUACUGGUGUUGAAGUACGUUCAAAACAAGGACGUGUUCAUGCGUUAUCACAAGGCGCAUUUGACCAGACGGUUGAUAUUGGACACGUCCUCGGAUUCGGAGAAAGAAGAGAAUAUGGUCGAGUGGCUUCGGGAAGUCGGUAUGCCCGCAGAUUACGUAAACAAGUUAGCCCGUAUGUUCCAAGAUAUUAAGGUAUCUCAAGAUCUGAACCAGCAAUUCAAAGAGCAAUGCCGUGCGGCUCUUGCUGAUAGCAUAAAUAUCAAGAUACUCAACGCAGGUGCAUGGGCUCGGGGUAGCGAGCGCGUUACCGUGAGUUUACCGCUUCAACUAGAAGAUUAUAUCCCAGAAGUGGAAGAAUUCUAUAAAAAGAAACAUAGUGGACGGAAGUUGCUGUGGUAUCAUCACAUGUCUAACGGCACGAUUACAUUUUCCAAUCAAGUGGGACGUUUCGACGUGGACGUAACGACCUUCCAAAUGGCGGUACUGUUCGCCUGGAACCAACGACCUCUUGAGAAGAUUUCGUACGAAAAUCUCCGACUGGCCACCGAGCUUCCGGAUCCUGAACUGAGACGGACUCUGUGGUCCCUGUGUGCCUUCCCGAAGUUAAAGAGACAACUUCUCUUGGUGGAACCGCAUGCCCAUACCCCGAAAGAUUUCGGGAACGACACGAGAUUUUGGGUUAAUCAGGAAUUCGCUAUUGUGAAAAAUGGCAAGUUACAAAAGCGAGGGAAGAUCAAUUUGAUAGGACGCCUCCAGUUGUCGACGGAGCGUAGCAAGGAAGAGGACAACCAAUCUAUCGUGCAGCUCAGAAUACUACGAGUACAGGAGGCUAUCAUCAAGAUUUUAAAGAUGCGCAAGACGAUCAGCAAUGCUCAGCUACAAACCGAACUAGUGGAUAUACUGAAAAACAUGUUUCUACCGAGUAAGAAGAUGAUAAAGGAACAGAUCGAGUGGCUCAUUGAACACAAGUAUAUUAGCAGGCACGACGAUGACAUUAAUACAUUUGUGUAUGUAGCGUAACACGGAAUUAUGGCAUAUACACAUAGGGGGGUUCAAACUAUGUGGCUCAUAUUAUAUUUUUCUAUAAAGAAACAAGGAUUUAAUUUUUUCUCAUGUGCGAGGAUAUAAUACGUUCAAGUCCGCCGUAUGCCACUAAGUUCUCUGCUUGUUUUAAAGAUCAUAAUAUUCUGAUGAGACAAGAAGAGAGAGAACAAUAUUCUCGGUUAGACUUCUCGAGAUAAGAAACGUGAAAGUUAAAUAGGGUCAAGCGUCAUAUCGCACCUAUUCAACGAUCGACGAUAUAUUAUAUCAUGUAUGAAUAUAAAGUAUGAUUCUAUACGGACAACGUUCAACUGGAGAAAGUAUCGCAAUAAUGAGAAACCGUAUACAGCUUGCGGGUAUAUUGUACUACGAAAGAUGAAACUUGCAUUCGUCAUUUGUCUCGACGAUUUAUACUGAUCUAAUGGAAAGAUUAUUGAUCAGAAAUGGAUCGAAUUGAGAGAGCAGACAAAUUUUGGGUGACACUAACGCCGUUUCAAUUGUCUAUAUUUCACUAAAAAUAUUCCUGUAAGAUGUGCAUGUGUGCAUACACAUACACACAUAUAUAUCCUUGAGUUCAUACCGUGGUAAAUUUCCUAGAAAAAAAAGUAAAAAAAGAAGAAAAAAGAUAUUAUUUAUAUUUUACAGCGUAAUUGACAAGAAAUUUGGCACUAAGAACGUCGAUAGAUCCUUGCACAAAUCUGAACGACAGAUUUGCACUUGUAUAUGUACAUUGACUUAAAUUCAAUCAUAAAUAAUAAAAAUUCGCAUAUACUUGAAUAAAUAUAUACAUACUGUAAUGUUUUUGCAUACGAACUUACUCGUCGCUAAUAGAUGUCAACUACCGCGGAAAACCUCAAUCGCGGAUUACCCGCGUCUUCGAGUCGUGUAACACAUUCUUGAUUUAGUCCUAGAGUUUAUAAUGGUUUAUAAUCGAAUUGCGGACGGCGUUCGCGCGAAGACGUUCGUAAUUGAUUUUCAAAGUAUACAUUAAAAGCCCGACGAAUAUAUAAUAUCGUACGAUGGCCUACAAUAUCUUAAUAUAUAAGCAUGUACCUCGCAACAUCA